GGGAGAAGGUGCGGAAGUGGGUGACAAGAGUAGAGCAGAUACAGAUCACGGAAAGGCCCAAGGAAGGAUGCCAAAAAGGUGGGGGAGGGGCAGGGCCGUGAGUUAGCAUUCCCGUCUCCAUGGUAGCUGAUGGAACGCUGCGAGUCUUCCCCUCCCUCCCGUAAAAGGCCUAGGGCGCAAGCGCGGCCCAGUCGUCAGAGCGGAGGGGGUGCGGAUGGCGCAUUACAAGGCCACGGACUCUAAGCGAGAGCAGUUCCGCCGCUACCUGGAGAAAUCCGGAGUGCUGGACACGCUCACCAAAGUUGUCACGUUGAGCACACCCCACUUCUGCAACUUUGACCCAUUGGCCUCGAUCCCCUGGCCUCAUUCCACACAGUGGGCACCUGUGCGUUUUGGUUUAAGUGACUUGUUCAGCAUUGCAGAAGCAAGCAUAACAUUCAGUUCUUCAGGAUGGCAUUCAAGUGUUGUAGCCCUAUAUGAAGAGCCAGAAAAACCAAACAGUGCACUGGACUUUCUGAAGCAUCAUAUAGGAGCCGCAGCUCCAGAAAAUCCAGAAGUAGAGGCCCUUCGCCUGGAAGUGGCAGAGAUGAAAGAAAAAUACGAAGCUGUGUUGGAAGAAAACAAAAAACUAAAAGCAAAGCUGUCUCAGUAUGAACCACCUCCAGAAGAGAAGCGUGGUGAAUAAGAAUGCUUUCACCUUUUGGUUACUUAACUGAAUAAAGGGCUUCAUCAGAAGUUUA